GUUUCAACUUUGGACCCGGAGAAGAGCUCAGCUGAGUGAUACAACCGAAACUCUUCAGAGACAAAAGCUUCUCCAAAACGGGAUAUUUUGGUUGGGGGGUUUUGUCUUGGGGCUUUGCCACCCAAGCAAGAAAACCAUGGAGCACUAUCCUGAUCAGCAGGGUUAUGAUGGCAUGGAGCUGCUCGACUGGCUGUUUGAUCAAAACGACGGCAUCCUCCGGCACCACGAAGUGGGACAGCAAGCAGGCAACGAGCAGCACCACUGGCCCAUGCAGGAGCCGAAUAUGCUCCAGCUGGCUGAACAGGCGGACGCCGACUUCCUCAACGCCCUCCUGAGUGGAAGUGAUUCUAUGUCGGGUUCGCCUCUUUGGGCUCCCUCACCCAGCGACAGCGGGAUCAGUGAGGACCCACCCUCGGACCAGAUGGACAGCCCACAGCGACCCGAGAGCCCCCCCGGUGAUGCCCGUUGUUUGGGUCUGAGGCCACAAAGCAAAGCAGCCUUGGAGACCCGAGUGGCCAUCAAGUCCAACGUCUGGAAGGCCGAGCUCCCCACGGAGAAGACGAGAGCGCCACGAUAUCCUUCGGAUGUAAACAGAGCACAGCCGUCCCCUGGCUUGCCGCUGACUGUUAAGGAUCUGCUGCUGUCUGGUACGACAGAGCCACCCCCCCAGCCAUUCCAGCAGUACAUUCAAGAACUGAUUCUCAAUGAAGACGAGAAGAAGCUCUUAGCCAAGGAGGGCGUGACUUUACCCAGCCAACUGCCGCUCACAAAGAAUGAAGAACGGAUCCUGAAGAAAAUACGCAGAAAGAUUCGUAAUAAGCAGUCAGCCCAGGAGAGCCGCAAGAAGAAGAAAGAGUACAUUGAUGGACUGGAGAGCAGGAUGGCCGCAUGUAAUGCACAUAACCACGAGCUGCAGCGCAAAGUGUCCCAACUGGAGAAAUGCAAUAUUUCACUAAUGGAACAGUUGCGCCGUCUCCAAGCUCUGGUUAUGAAUACAUCUAAUAAGCCGGCCCAGACUGGUACAUGUUUGCUGGUGCUCCUGCUGUCCUUCUCCCUAAUCCUCUUUCCCAGCCUCAAGCCCUAUGCCGACACUAAAGUCAGCCAAGGAGACUUCAGCCCAGUCAGAAUCCAGUCACGGUCCCUACAGACCCUCCAAGCUUCCCGUGUGCUGCAUGCUAUCGACCCCCCGUUGUCCACCGAAGACGAGUCGAAGCCUGCACACCCGCAUUUCCCGGGAGAUUCUGGAUUGGAAAUUACCAGUCUGAUGGGGAACAUGAAGCUGAAGCAAGAACUGGACACUUUGUCCCAAAACAGCAGCCAAGAAAAAAGCCUGGGUCAUUUCCACCUGGACCCCAUCACGGGCCAUGUAGCCACAGUCACCUUGGAUCCCAAACGCUCUGCUGGGCUGCCGCCGAAUGCUGAUGACAUGUAGUAGAAAUUGUCCUCAUCCAUUGGUUUUAAUCAUGUUGUCAUGAAUGUGUUUUGUAUCAGUGUGUUGUGUGUUAAAAUGAUAUUGCCUGUCAGCUGGCCUCAUGAGCUUUCAUAAGCGAGCAGCUUGAUUUAGGAGUGUUUGAGCAGAAUAAAGCAGCAAAUAGUCCGGCACCACUGUGAUCGCAGUGGGUAAUUUGUUAACUGUUGAGAGGAAUUUGGAAUACAUGCUUUCAUUUAUGGAGAAAAUAGCCUGAAAUAAAUGAUGUCACAAAAAUGUAGGAUGUCUAAAUGCAUCUUCUCCCCCCAAUGCUAGCUGCUUUAGCCUGAAAAACAGAUCAAAUAUCUCGACAAGGCAUCUAAAAGGUAAAUAUGUAGGUAGGGACAACAGAGGAGAGAAAACUAGGCCAAAGGUCGCAUGAACACCCGCUUAUCGCAUGACCUCACACCGACUUAUUGACAUGUUGACUUAUUUACUUAUUAGAGAAGCUUAUCUGACUUUUACAGCAGACACAGAUGGAAUGAAAACUUUCAGCUGUUAAUUAGAUCAGAAUUUAUCAUUCAAGAUGGUACCAUCGUCCCUCACAAUAUCCCACUCCCUCACUCUAUCAUGAUUUUUCAAAAAUGCUGUUUUGUGGUUGACUAUGCCGUAUUAUUAUUCAAACAAUAUCAAAAGAGAAAAGUAUAUGGUGGUAUUCUAGCCACUAGGCCUCAGUCAUGUUCCAUUAUUGACAUUAGAUUACUGCCACACUGCAUGGAGUCAGUCAUAACAUAUUAGACAUAUUAGAGUGAACAGAAGUCCUCACAUUGAGUGUGGAAGUGGGAAACUUCUGGCUUCUUUGUCUUUAUUCCCUACUCGGUUUUAAAGUUUAGAACACAGUAAAUACUUUGGAGGCUAACUAGUUAGCUCACUAGCUUGUUAAUGGUGAAAGCCAUGGAUGUCUCUUAUGUCCCUGCAGUGAUCCCGUAGCCUGUGUA